UAGAAGACGUAGAAAAGAGGGUCCAUUUGGGCGAGUUCAAACUCGAAGCCCCGGAGAAAAUGAUACAAUGGCUGAAAAGAUUAAGAGCUGCAUUUGGAGCCUCGUUUCUCUGGCUCGUUUGCUUGGUUUACUUCACCCAGGGUUUCAGAUCCUUUGUAUGGACGGCUGUUUCUUACCAGCUGAAAGAUAGGCUUAAGUUGUCACCCUCAUCUUCCCAAUUUGUGUUUUCAAUUGCUUUCUUCCCAUGGAGCAUUAAACCGUUAUAUGGAAUUGUGUCUGAUUGUAUUCCAAUAAAAGGAAGAAAAAGGGUUCCGUAUUUAGUGAUUGCAACUGUGCUCUCUCUGGUGCCGUGGCUUAUCCUUGGCCUGAAUGCAACGUUGAGGAGUUCCAAAUGGAACCUCAUGACCUUCUUAACAGUCCAGAACCUGGGCUCAGCCAUGGCAGAUGUAGUAGUUGAUGCAAUGAUUGCUGAGGCAGUAAGACGUGAGCGGGCCACAUUUGCUGGAGACCUCCAGUCGAUAUCAUGGUUUUCAAUGGCUUUGGGCGGCAUAUGCGGGAGUUUGUUAGGAGGAUAUGCACUAACCAACUUACAGAUACAUACGAUUUUUCUUCUUUUUUCUGUACUACCAUCCAUACAGUUGUUAUCAUGUGGCUUGGUUGAGGAGAAAUCUGUUACUGUAGAUAGUAAAGUUUUGCCCGAAUUUUAUGACUCAAGUAGUGUCGAUGGGGUGAAUGGAAAUAGUAGUUUUCUAGAUGAAGAUAGUUUCUCAGAGAAGAAACCCAAUAUCAGCAUGUUAAGGAGAAAGAAAAGUCGUAAGGGCAGCAAAAAGAAACGAGUUACUGGUAAAGGCCAGAUUGCUGAAAAAGUUGACUCGUUGCCUUCACGGUGGUUCCGCUCUCUCAAAGCAGCCACUUUUAGUUUGUGCCAUGCAUUUAAACAACCACUCAUUUUGAGACCAAUGGCUUGGUUUUUCCUAGCACAUGUUUCCAUUCCAAACCUCUCGACUGUGAUGUUUUAUUAUCAGACAGAGUUUUUGAGCUUGGAAGCCUCCUUUUUGGGCACUGCACGUGUUAUGGGAUGGUUAGGCCUCAUGCUUGGAACCUUUGUAUAUAAUCAGUACUUAAAGACAAUGAAAUUAAGAAGGAUCCUCAUGUUGUCUCAUGUUGGUUUGUCUUUCUUGGGUCUCCUAGAUAUGGUUUUAGUCUCUCGAGUAAAUCUCACCUACGGAAUAUCAGAUAGAAUUAUGGUGCUUUGUGGCUCAGCUCUCAGUGAUGCAAUCAAUCAAUUCAAGUUUAUGCCAUUUCUGAUCUUAUCUGGACAGCUAUGCCCACCUGGAAUUGAAGGGACUCUGUUCGCCCUCUUUAUGUCGAUAAACAACUUAGGGUCAACAUUGGGGUCAUUUGUCGGUGCUGGGUUGGCUUCAGCUUUAAACAUCUCUUCAGGUUCUUUUGACAACCUUUCUCUGGGAAUUGCCAUUCAAGUUCUCUGCACUUUCAUUCCUGUUGGUUUUCUAUUUUUGAUACCAAAGGAAGUUACAGGGGUAUCGGCGUAGCUAGCAAAUCUCUUUUUCAACACAGAAUAGGUUUUCCUAGUUAGUGAAAAUGAAUAGAAUAUACAUAUGUUUUUCCAAGUCUUCUCCACUGCGUUCAUAUAUACAGAACAAAAUUUGAGAUUUCUUUACGGAUGCUCACUACAAUUUUGAAGUUUUAGCUACUUAUGAAUGACA